CUUGAUUUUGGUGCUAAACCCUGGGGCCUGGCAGGAGUUGAAUCGGAGUCUCAGAGAGGCAAGUUUAAAGUUUGAAAUUUGAACGCACAAGGUGAAUUUUGAGGAAUUUUGUGAGUUUGUGCCAGAAGGCAUGGCAUAUCCAGAGCCUGCAAGUGUUGAACGAGAGCUGAUGCAAGUCAACAAUGCUCAGAGGAAACCGAGGAUUUUACUUGCUGCCAGUGGAAGCGUAGCUUCAAUUAAGUUUGGGAAUCUCUACCGUUCUUUCUCUGAAUGGGCGGACGUUAAAGCGGUGGCUACUAGGGCUGCUUUACACUUCAUCGAUCGAGAAUCUCUUCCUAAGGAUGCUGUACUCUAUACCGAUGAAGAUGAGUGGACUGGUUGGAACAAAAUUGGUGAUAGUGUUCUUCAUAUUGAGCUUCGCCGGUGGGCUGAUAUCAUGGUCAUUGCUCCUCUGUCUGCAAACACGCUCGGCAAGAUUGCUGGAGGAUUAUGUGACAAUCUAUUGACGUGUGUUGUGCGAGCAUGGGACUAUAACAAGCCAUUUUUCGUUGCACCAGCCAUGAAUACCUAUAUGUGGACUAACCCUUUUACUGAGCGGCAUCUCAUUGCUAUUGAUGAACUUGGGAUAACUCUCAUUCCACCUGUUACCAAGAGGCUAGCCUGUGGAGACUACGGCAAUGGUGCAAUGGCUGAACCUUCCUUAAUCUUCUCGACUGUGAGACUCUUUUACGAGUCACGGAUGCAACAAAGUGCUAGAAAUGGUGAUAGUUAGGACAUGAAGACUUUGUCAUGAAGAGGAGAUGGGAGGGGUUGUAGAUUUACGCCUAAUUAACGAUUAAACGUUGUAGCCAUUGCUCAUCAUCAAUCUUAUAUAAAAUUCCUUGUUAACCCCUUUGUGCUGAA